GCAGUGCGGCGGUACUACAAGUAAAAUCAGCUUCCUAUACACAGAAUGACGCGUUUUUGUAUCCGUUCACCCACUUACCUCAGCUACAACCUUCCGGAAUAAAGUCAAAGACAUUCGUGUGUUUAAAUAAACAAAAGCGUUCAUUCAGUUGUUGACAGUUGUUUUACACAUUCCGGAGCAUGCGCACUGACGCUCUGUGAAAUUCGCUGUUCGCCGUGAUUAUCGUUUACCGGUAGUAAUCUCUGUAGGGAUACGUUGCGUACCGGAGCCGUUAUGGCGGCGGUGAGUCGUGCGGGACCAUGAGGUGUCUGUAUUCAUCGUUAUUCCGGUAUUGGAGUGUGUAAAGAUACUGUGACCAUGGCUGGUGUUUUUGAUAUCGACCUGGACCCGCCGGAGGACAACGUGUCAGACGAGGAGCUCGCCGACGGGGCCAAGAGUAAUGAAUGCCUGGACCAGUGCAGUGGCUUUGAAUUUUUGGAAGACUGUGAGAAGUUCGAAAUCUCAGAGAAUAUUGUGAAUCAAGGCACAGAGCAGAUUCGUCCAGAAUGUUUUGAGUUGCUUCGUGUUUUGGGUAAAGGAGGAUAUGGAAAGGUUUUUCAAGUUCGCAAGGUAACUGGAGCAGAUUCUGGGAAGAUAUUUGCCAUGAAGGUCUUGAAAAAGGCCAUGAUUGUUCGCAAUGCAAAGGACACUGCUCAUACUAAAGCAGAAAGGAGCAUCCUAGAGGAAGUUAAGCAUCCCUUCAUUGUGGACCUCAUAUACGCCUUUCAGACAGGAGGCAAACUUUACCUCAUCCUGGAGUACCUAAGCGGUGGAGAGCUGUUCAUGCAGCUGGAGAGGGAGGGGAUCUUUUUGGAGGACACAGCCUGCUUUUACCUGGCAGAGAUUUCCAUGGCCUUGGGUCACCUUCAUCAGAAAGGCAUUAUCUACAGAGAUCUGAAGCCAGAGAACAUCAUGCUCCGUAACAAUGGUCAUGUGAAGUUGACAGACUUUGGACUCUGUAAGGAGUCAAUCCAUGAUGGUACCGUCACACACACCUUCUGUGGAACCAUAGAGUACAUGGCACCAGAAAUCCUCAUGAGAAGCGGCCAUAACCGAGCUGUGGAUUGGUGGAGUCUGGGAGCCCUGAUGUAUGAUAUGCUAACAGGAGCUGCGCCAUUCACCGCAGAGAAUCGGAAAAAAACCAUAGACAAAAUCCUGAAGGGCAAACUGAACCUUCCACCUUACCUCACCCAAGAAGCACGGGACCUUCUGAAAAAGCUGCUGAGAAGAAAUGCAUCAACGAGGAUGGGAGCAGGUCCUAGAGAUGCAUUAGAUGUCCAGGGCCACUCCUUCUUCAGACACAUGAACUGGGAUGAUCUACUGGCUUUUAAAGUUGAACCUCCCUUUAAGCCUUUUUUGCAAUCAGCAGAUGAUGUUAGCCAGUUUGACUCCAAGUUCACUAGUCAGACUCCAGUGGACAGUCCCGACGACUCGACACUCAGCGAAAGCGCCAACCAAGUCUUCCUGGGCUUUACGUACAUAGCUCCAUCUGUGCUCGAAAACAUCAACGAGAAGUUCACUUUUGAGCCAAAAUCCCGUUCACCUCGCAAGCUUCUGGGAAGCCCAAGAACACCAGUGAGCCCUAUGAAGGCUGAAGGGGAAGACGGUUGGUCUCGGGGUCCACCCUUCCCAGAAGUGCCCACAACCACCUCCUCUCUCCUGCCGCCCACUGAUACGCCCAUGGAGGUGUCUAAUGUGGAGCAGAUGGACAUUAGCAGCAACAUGGAGGUGUCAGCCCCUCUCCCCAUCAAAAAACCACUGGGAUCCAACACGGGGUCCUUCAUGAAACCAGCUCACCCAGCGGGCGGCAGGAGACCCAAGAAUCGGAGGAUGAAUCAUUGAUGAACGUCUUAAGUUUUGUACUUUAGGAAUUUAUCAAAUGACCCAAAAGGCCUUUCUGCACCCAGUUUCUGUCACUUAAACACUUGCAGCAUUAGUGUACUUGCAAGCAUGCAGAGCUUGUCCUCUCUCUACUUGCACCAUGGUGAGUUGGUCUGCUGCUUGCUAUGAAAAAGAGAGACCACCUUGCACUUUAGGCGACUCUGAGCAUGAAUUUCACAGUUUAUCUUUUAUAUGCCAUGCUCAUGCAAAACGUGAGGGAGAAUUCAUUGUGUCUUCUGUUGUAUAUUUGAAGUUUGAGUCACUUAUUGUGUUUUGCUUGACUGUAUGAUGUUGGGAUAGCUCUAACAGUAUUUAAAUGGAUAAAAAAAUAAAAUAAAUUCUGUCAUGUACUCACCCUUAUGUCAUUCCAAACCUGUAUAACUUGCUUUCUUUUUUCUGUGGAACACGAAAGAUGAUUUUCUCAGCGUUUUGUUGUUUUAGACCGAUUGACCUUCAUUAUGUGGACAAAAACAGUUGAAUUAUGCUUCAAAAUUUCUUUUGUGUUUCACAGAAGAACAGAAAGUCAUCCAGGUUUGGAACAACAUGAGGGUAAAUGAUGACAGAAUUUUAAUUGUUGGGUGGAUUGCCUUUUAAAAUGGCGAGAGAAGAUUCAGGUCUGCAUUCUUGAGGAAUCUGUCUGAUUUAUGAUAUAUAUUUGAUUCCUAAUUCAUCAACAGUUGUUAGGAUCCCUAGAAUCACGAUGUAGGGCACUUGGAGAUCUACAGUCGUUGUAGCCUAACUUACUAAUGAUAAACUAUGAAGUAAAAAAUAUAAGCUGAUUUUUUUUCUUUCGUGUUAGUUCAUUUGCUGUAAGUUCAUAAGACAGUAUUAGAUGAUUCAUGAAAUUAUUCUCUUGUUUUGGUUUGUUCUUGAUUACAUUUAAUAUUCAUACAUUCAGGUAUGAAUCUACCUGCGUUCUGGGUAUCAAAUCACUGUUUUUAUUUUUCAAACCAAACUGUCUGACCAAAGAAUAUUACAAAUAUUAGAUUACUAAAUAAAACUGUUUAAAUCCUCUUAAUCCAAAGUAAAGUUACUUAUUUGUAAGCCACAUCCACAAAUGCCAUUAAUACUGCUGUCAACCAUCUGUGAAAACUAUUGAUUUUAAACAGAAUGUUUAUUUAAUUUUACUUUUCACCCUAGACAGCAAGACGAGUUUUGAAAUAGUUUCCUUAACACUUCCCCUAUCAUUGAUUACUUUUUUUUAUUUUUAUUUUUUUUAACCUAUUUAUUUUUCAGGUGCCAUGUAGUUUUCUAAACUAUGCAAAUUAUUUAUUAUUUAUAGUCAAGAAUGCUGUUCUGGAUUUAGCCUGAUUAGUUACAUGAACACAAAGACAUGCCAAACCCCUUUAAUUUUUAUUAUUUAGUACUUCUUUCUAUAAUGGUGUUGGGGUCAAAGUAAUUUUAUUAAUAUCAAGGACAUUAAAAAUGUUGGGAUUUUAAGCAUGUUUUCAGGAUGUGCACUGUGCACCAGAUGAGGGGAAAACCACUGGAUUAUGUAUCGUUCUAUUGAAUUUUGAUUAAAUAAGCUUGGAUGUAGUUAAGGGAAAAGAAGAUGAUGGAAGAGUAAUAAAGUAUAAAAUAAAAUAAAAAAUAAACAAAAAUCAGUAUUUUUUUCAUUGUUGUACAUAGACAUGAUUCUUCAUGAAUAUUGGUGCUCUUUCCUUGUAUAAUAGUUCUUAUAGAUACAAUAAGUAUGAUGCUGUGACUCCAACUGGUGAACACUGAAUCUGCAUCUUGUUAACAUUUGCUGUCUGUAAGCAGGGGUUAUUUAGUCAUCACAGGUGGUUUCAUGUAUUGUGUUUCACAGGCAUUCCUGUCCUCGUAGUACUGUGUUAUUGUUAUCAAUGAACGUCUGCGUGUGAGGCUGCGAUUGCGUCUGUGUGACCACAUUUAAACAAUUUCUAAAUGGCACACUUUUUUCCCAUGGGAAUGUAAAAUAGGCUUGUUUUCUGCUUGAGAACAUUGUUCUGUUGUGACAUUGUAACUGACUGAUUGAAUGUGAUGUUAACCUCAAUCCUCAAACUCUAAUUUCCGUAAUGUAGAUUGUAAUCGUGGUUGGACAUUAGGAGGCCAUUGCUCUGAUUGAACUGUCUGGACUUUUCAGCAGCUUCCAUCAAGCUAAUAAUUGGCUGUACUCACUAUGCACAGGAAGCAUGAUUGUGAAUAUCUUAAGCUGUCAGAUACAGUGCCUACUGAUAAACAACAGCCUGCUGUGCCGUGGCGGUUAACAGCCCGUAAUGGCUUCAUAUGUGAAUUUUGCCUUCGCAUAGACAAAUAUUGACCAUUUAUUCUAUGCAAUGAUGUCUGAGAGAGAGGGGUCUGUAAUGUGGCAUAAAUGGCUUUAAUGUAUCACUUGUGUCUGUCUGAUGAGUUGGAUAUUGACCAUGAGCCCAGUUCAUAUAAUCACUAGACUGGGUUUAAAACCUCUCAAACCAUCUUCCACUGAUUCUUGCAGUCAUGUUGGAAUAUUAAGACAUAACUUGGUGCCAAGUGUUAAUGGUCUGUUUUUUUUUGUGUGCGUUUUUUAAAAAUCUUUAUUAUAUGUUCCUUAUAAAAAAUAUAAUGUGGUGUGUAAUUGCGAUUUCGAAAAAGUUGACCUGAACCUAAUUUAGAAAAUCUGUAGUACUCCAUUACAUUAGAAUUGGAACUAAUUCUGAAACUUCCUGAUUCUAAAGUGAAACGAAAAUGCCUGUGAAAAGAAUUGAGAUGCAGAUGAGGAUUUAUUUUGCAUUUUAAAUGCUUGAAAUGCUGUGUUUAUUAGACAGUGGCACGUUUGGUUUUAAAAAUGAAUGGAUAUAAAGUACAGAAUUAAAUGCGAUUUGUUUCAGAUCUGGUGUUUUGUGAUUGCUUGUGUUUAUUUUAAAAUUCAUUUUAAUUUAACCUCUAGUGAAUUCUACAAAAUCAACAAAGUUGAAUUUGAGCAUUUACCAAGCAACCCUGCCUUUACUGGAAAAAGAAUUUCAGUGACACUUUUUAAAGGUUUUAAAAAUGUAUUUGGUCAAAUAUACUGGAUAAAAAUACAAUUAUAACUGCAUACUGUAUGAUGGUACUAAAAUAGAUAUUUCUUCUUCAAAGCUUUGGUUUAUUACAAUGUAAGUGCAACAUGAUUAGAAAAAUACCAUGUAUCUGUGAAGGGCCUGAAUUACAAAUGCAUUUAGCAGGUACAGUAACAUUUUAAUAAUUCAAAAGCCAUUGUAUGUUGUUCAGUCACAAAAAUCACAUGGUUCCAAAAUUCUAAUGCUACAUCAUUUGAUAAAUCAGUAGUUCAUGUGCAAUUACCUCACAUUCAGAUUAUUACUAAAGAAACCAGAAUACUGGAACGCAAAAUCCAGAAUUUUUCAAAACUCCUUAUGAUUGGAUUCAUAAAAGUGUUUAAGAAAAGUUCAGUUACAAAAACCACAGUAUCUGACUGGAUAAAAAAGACCAGUAUCUAUGAAAAAUGAAACCAUUAAAA